UUUUCUUACGUUUUGCGUUUUCUCAUAAUCCAAACACAGAAGCAAAAGAAGGGGGGGGGGGAGGAGGUUAAAAAGGUUAGAACUUUGAUUGGUUUUACUCAGGAAAGUUGAGUUUUUUGUUUUUAUUUUUUUGUUGCUUUUGAAAGAAGGAGAGAUAUGGGUGAUAAAGAUGACGGUUUGGGGUUGAGCUUGAGCUUGGGAUGUGCUCAAAAUCAGCCUUCUUUGAAGUUAAAUCUCAUGCCUUUAGAUUCACCACGCAUGCAAAAUCUUCAGCCCAGGAACACUUGGAAUGAGCUGUUUCCGUCUUAUGAUCGACACUUGUAUACGAGGUCAUUUCUUCGAGGAAUUGAUGUAAACCGGGCUGUCAGAACUGUCGAUUGCGAGGAGGAGGGCGUCGUGUCGUCGCCGAACAGCACCAUUUCUAGCAUAAGUGGAAAGAGGAACGAAAGAGAUGACGUGGGUGAUGAAACCGAGGCCGAGAGACCAUCUUGCUCCCAGGCUAGCGAUGAUGAAAAUGGUGCCGCCGGGGAUGCUUCCAGAAAGAAACUCAGGCUUUGCAAGGAACAGUCCUUGUUGCUCGAAGAGACCUUCAAGGAACACAGCACCCUUAAUCCGAAACAAAAGUUGGCACUGGCAAAAGAAUUGAAUCUCAGGCCUAGGCAAGUGGAGGUUUGGUUCCAGAACAGAAGGGCCAGGACAAAGUUGAAGCAGACGGAAGUUGACUGUGACGAUCUCAAGAGAUGUUGCGAGAAUCUGACCGAGGACAAUAGGAGAUUGCAGAAGGAAGUGCAAGAUCUUAGAGCAUUAAAAUUAUCCCCACAGCUCUACAUGCACAUGAACCCUCCCACUACCCUCACUAUGUGCCCGUCUUGUGAGCGCGUGGCAGUUUCUUCUUGGUCGCCGAUGUCAUCCUCUACCGUAGCGGCCUCCUCCACCCCAGCCCCCUCUUCGGCCGUUCCGAACCAACAACAGCCGUUGCCUGUUAGUCCUUGGGCAGCAAUGCAGAUUAGGGUACCCUUUAAUCCUGCCUCUGCAUCUAGAUCAUAGUCACAUCUAUGAACAAUGCUGGUGGGUACUGAUUAGGGUACCAUUUUUAUUAAAGUCCUGUUUCUUUUUGGACUAUGAAAAGGGGAUGCAAAGGGUGGAGUAGUGAUAGAUGCUUAUGUUUAUCGGUAAGCAGGGGAA